AUGGCGGAAAGUCAGCAGAAGACAGUUGUUUUACAGGGUUUGGAUGCAGGCAUGUUUGGUGACAUCUUGAGUUACAUCUACUCGGGAACCCUCCAUGUGUCCCUGAACAAAGUGCAGCUCCUGUACCAGGCAGCCGACCUUCUCCAACUGGACUAUGUGAAAGACACCUGCAGCAGCUACAUGGCCAUGAACGUGGAGUGCUCCACCUGUGUGGCCUUGUACAAGUUUGCUGAUGUCUACUCCCUUGACAUUGUCCGCAAAGCUUGUCUGCAGUUGAUUGACAUAAACUUUGUUGAGGUUGCCUCCAGCGAGGAGUUUUGCAGCCUGAGUGUGAAUCAGCUGACUGAGAUCAUCAGCCACGAUGAGCUGGAUGUUAAAGAUGAGACAACAGUGUGGGAGGCUGCGGUGAGAUGGGUGCAUAACUGCAGAGUGGACAGACAGCAUCACCUACCCAGCAUCCUCCCUCACAUCCGCUUCAACCUGCUAACCCCAGACGACACGGCAGCUAUCUCGGAACACCCCAUGGUAAAGGAGGAUCCUGGGAGUUCUGAGGUCAUCAGGAACGGGGUACUUAGAGGUGCCUCCAACAUGAAGCCAAGAUUUGGGAUUGGUGCAGAGAAAAUGGUCCUUUUCUUUGAAACCAGUCCCAACCCCAACAGGAUGCAGGGCAUCAAUCCCAGAAUAGGACAGUCCUUUAGCAUCCAUUUCACUGAAAUCCCUCCUAUCGUCAGUGCUACAGUCACCAGUGACAACGAAAUCUACGUCCUGGCUAAGGAAUCAGAGGAUCAGAUGUCCCUGCUGCUGUACAAGCAAAUGAAGAGUGUCUGGGAACAGAUGUCAGUAGUGGAGAAGCUUCCCGGAUUGAUAAGAAAUCAGCACCUUUUGGCCCUUGAUGGACAUCUUUAUUACCUUGCUUGUGAUUGGACCAAGCCGUCACAUAUUGUUAGAUAUAGCAUGAAGAGGUAUCACAAGAACACGAACAGUGAGUGGCAGGACUGUUCCCAGCUUAAAGAUGACAUUUCUGACAUGGAACCAUCAUUGUCAAAUGGUUGCCUCUAUUUGUUAUGCUCAAGAGAACUGUACUGUUACAACCCAACGGAGGAUCGCUGGUUCCAGCGAGCCCCACCGACUAAAAGUACCCACGUGUUUUGGACCAAUAUUACCCUUGGUACUGAGAUCUUCCGCACAGACAUGAACUUUACUUCUGUGUCAGUGUACGAUACUGAAGCAGACAGGUGGCAGGAGCUUCCAGCUUGGAAGAGUCCUCUUGAGGCUGAGGAUAGAGAUUACAAUGCUAAUUUCUUUGUAUUUGAGAACCAGCUACAUGUGUAUUUAGAUGCCGCAAAGUGUAAAUAUCGGCAAGUACUUGUGUAUGACAGGCAUGAAGGUGUUUGGAGAGAGUCGGAGUACACCUUGCCUGACGUGUACUGGGACUGUUCACCUGUUGCGGCACGUGUCUACCUGCCAGGUGUGCAGGACAGGUGUGCUAACACACAGAGAACCAUAGAUGCAGGGGACACAGCUGUCUGAUUAUAUCAUUAGUGCUGCUGUUGCCUUUUGUUACGUGCCUUUUACAGUGGCUUUAUUUUACUUUGAGUAGCACCUUGGUGGUUGGACGUUAGCCCCUCUUUGUUUCAUUUGAAUACGGGAACAUUUGAUCUUCUGGUAUUGUGUUGGACAUGGCACCAUCGAGAAAAAAAUCUGUUUUUGUAUGACAAAGUGAUUCAAAUUGUAGGUAUUUUUGUAGUUUUCAUAUUGGUAUGAAAUAUUUGCUAGAUGUAACUGAUGAGAACAAAAUAGAAUAUGGAUAAGUUGUAUGUUUUGGAUUUGGGACACUUGUUUUCUCAUACCAAGCAUUCUUUUUGGUGGGAGUGGAGAGAUGGAUUUUUACAAAUAUUUUUUUUUAAUUACCAGUUAUUAGAUAUUACAAGUAAUGUUUACUGGACGGAGUCAACAUAAUUCAAGUCAUUUUUAUGAUAUUUAGAAAUAAUGUUGACAAUAUUGUUGAACCAUUGCAUCUAUUCACAGCUAAUAGAUGAUAAAAGUACUGAGUUAUCUCAUUUUUUAGUUGCAAGGACACUAGAGAUGCUGGGCAGAAUGAUCUAUGAUAAAUUUAAGGCACAGAUUGUACAUGAAUAUCAUGGCCAUUUGGGCAUAUGAAAUAUGAAGUAACGUUUGUUCCAGUGUACUAGUUGAAUGUUGUUGAAUGUCAUUGUACUAGUAGAAUUUACUACUAAAAUAAAGGACACGUAUAUCCUUCCUUUCAGCUGCACAGAUAAAAAUAUUGAUUGUUAUUUAUUGUUAUGAUACAAAAAGUUUUAUUAUUUGUUGCUUCUGGAUUCACCUGACCAUAUUUUUUUUCGCUUUCAACAACAACAAAUAAGUCCUAAAAAUAAUACAGGUUUUGCUACCACAAACCUGUAAAUAUUACGAUUCAGAGCCACAUACAAAUAAUUUCUGUCUAAAAUCAAUACCUUUUAUUCAGAAUAUCAACAAUGUUAAACUUUCCUUUGAUGCGUGUCUAACUAUGCCACCCCCUCCCACCUACUGGUCCUUUAGAGGUGUUUAGGGUUUAAAGGUCAACUUUGCCGUUCACAAAUCAAUAUCAUGAGCCUGUACUUCUACCCCAAAGAUAAGAGCUUACAGUAAUCAGAAAAUUAUUAUUUACUAUGUGUCCCAAAACUAGUACUAGUAAUAGAGAUUAUGUAGAUAAAAAAGCAGAAUAGGAUGAAACUUUAACCUUCAGUUUAUAAUCAAAAGAAUUUGUUUAUAUAAGAAGUUUAUUUGCAAGUUCGUGCCCGAGGGCUAAU